UAUAUAUAUAUAUAUAUAUAUAUAGAGAGAGAGAGAGAGAGAGAGAGAGAGAGAGAGAGAGUUGAGUUGAGUACUUGACAGAGUCCAAAAGGUUUCCUGUGGUUGGGCAUAUCACACAUGUACAUCUUUGUUUCUAAAAGACCGGUUUUUUGAGGGAGGGAAUUGAAGCUAAAGAAUGGAAAGUGAGAAGUCAGUAGAAUUGAUUCCACAACCAGAAACACCAAUGGAGCCGAUGGAAUUCUUGUCCAGAUCCUGGAGUCUUUCUGCCGAUGAAAUUUCAAAAGCGUUAAUGGCACAUAAAUCAAGAAAAACGGAAUCAUCAUUGGUUGCACCACAACCACAACCACAACCACAACCACAACCUCAAACAAAGGUACUGAUGAAGGUAUCAAAAGUUGAAAGGGUUAGAUGGUUUAAUCACAGCAGCAGCAGCAUACGAGGAGGAGGAGGAGGAGGGAAGAGAGAUAAAGUCCGGGCAGAAAAAGCACAGACCCAUGCCGCCCUGUCUGUGGCGGGUCUGGCGGCAGCUUUGGCCUCCAUCACAAGAGCAAGAAGCAUGGAGACGAUGAAGGAGGAUUCAAGAAUGAGCAGUGCUGUUGCGUCGGCUACAGAGCUGUUAGCAACCCAUUGCUGUGAGGUGGCGGAAUCCUCUGGAGCCGAUCAUCAUCUUGUCUUGUCUGUCCUCCAAUCAGCCAUCAACAUCCAAACUCCAACCCAUCUAACAACUCUCACAGCUGCAGCUGCAACAGCUUUGCGAGGUGAAGCAGCCCUCAAAGCUAGAUUUCCAAAACAAGCAAAAAAGAAUGCUACUGUCAUUCCAUAUGAAAAGGGAAUGCCGCCUCAAACCAUUAAAUUUAAACCCCAGGAGGUGAAGGAGGAGGACGACCACCAUCACUCUUCUACUCAACACAUGCUGCAACAAGUAUACAAAGGAGGGUUACACUGGAAGCAAGUAUCCAUAUACAUAAACAACAAGUCCCAGGUUAUAAUCAACCUCAAAAGCAACCAUGUGGGAGGGGCCUUUUCCACAAAGAAUAAAGGCAAGCUUCCACUUCAUGGCAUGGCAAAUGUGUUGUGUAUGGUGUGUGCAAUGAGAAAGGGUCUUGGCCAUACUGCAAAGAAAGGGAAAAUGCAGAUACCUAUUUUGGGGUUAAAACAGCCAAAGGUCUUCUGGAGUUCAAGUGCAAGACAAACAUCCACAAACAGAAAUGGGUUGAUACAAUUCAAUAUCUUCUACAAAUCAAACAAACUACCAACCAACAUCAGCCAUUCGCAUUCCAUCAAAAAGCUUUAGACUAGAAAACCAUCAACAACCAUGUGUCAUGGACUCAUGGUUUAUGGCUGCAUCUAGUCUGGCUAUUAAUUAAUUAUAGCUUUGUAUUUCUGAUAUAUAUAUAUAUAUAUAUAUAUAUAUAUAUAUAUAUAUAUAUAUAUAUAUAUAUAUAUAUAUAUAUAUAUGUAUGUGGUUUUUGUAACCCUUGCGACUAUCUAUGUACACACACACUACUUAACAUAUGCUAUGCGCCUUGUCUCUUUGGUUAUUUA